AUGAAGAUGAAGAUGAAUAAGGCCUGCGAUCUAAGUUCAAUUUCCGUUCUACCUCCACGUGCAAGGUAUCUUACAUCAGAGAGAGCGAAUGCAUGUUUCAUUGAAAGUGAUUCAUUGGCUUUUGGCAAGAAUCAUGCAUCUCAAUUUCGUUCGCAGUCCUCGCAACAGUCAUUUUCUCAUGGAAUUUCUUCGUCACAGUAUGGCAUUUCUUCGUCUCAGCAUGGCAUAUUUUCUCAGCUCUCUCAGAACUCAUUGGAUGAGAUUGUUACAAACGAUCAGCAAUUAGGUUCUCAAGAAAAGGAGAAUCCUGUGAAGAAGAUUUCUUGUUUGCCACCAGUCAGCUACUCUAGAGAAGAGAGUCAGUUACCAAUAUUGAGAUCCUCCACCAUGGGCAAAUGGAAUAAUGCUUCUCUUUCAGAUCAUAGAUGUCAGGUAAACGAAGAACAUGAACACAGGAUAGGUAUGAUGGAAGCUACACUAAACAGGUUUGGAAAAAUAUUGGAUUCAGUUCAAAGUGAUGUUAUGCAAGUAAACAGGGGAACAAAGGAAGUGUUGAUGGAAGUGGAAAGCAUCAGGCAGAAGUUAAUCACUCAUGAUACCUCACUGCAGCUAAUGAACAAGGGACUAGAGGAUAUCAAGAGUAACCUUGAUGCUGGUCUGAAAUCUAUAACUAUUCAACUUGGCCAGGACACAAGCAAAGAGAAGUUACAAGAGGUUUCUUCACAGUUAUCAUCUUUGCCAGACAAGAUCUAUUCAUGCUUACAGAAACUCAAAUCUGAAAUCUCUAUGACCUUAACUAAAGAAAUACGAGUAAGUAGUGUAUAUAUAAUGAGUUGUCAAAUGUCAAGUUUCAUUCACUAUGCAGCUCUGCAAUCAAAGCAACUUAUAAACAAACCUAAAGUUCAACAUAGAGAAUUUAAACAAGGGCCUUUGCCCAAGAUGGAAAUGGGAAACUGGAUUUCUGUCAAACAAGGACAUGGAAUUGUGACAUCCAGAGGAUCCCAAAGGAAUCAAAAAGGCAUCCCUCUUACUGAAUUGGAAAAAGAUUGGAGAAUUGUCAUUGACUCAGAGGAGGAGAUUGAUGGAGGAUUUUCCUGCUUGAUAGAAGAAAAUGGACCAGAAGACUUAAUGGCUGAAGCAAGAGAGGAGACAGAAAGGAUUUUGAGGAGAGCAAGGCAGAGAAAAAGGAAAUAUUGUAACACCAUAAUCUUGGAUUGA